AUGACCAAGGAAGGAGCUUUAGCACCCUGGACAUCCAAUAGGAGUAAAAGCAGGCAAUCCGAGAAAACAAAUACUCCAUCAGAUGAAGUGAACGAGGGAUCGACAAAAACUAAACCUAAAGAUGGUUUGUCUAAUGGAAGCCAAACGGAGAAUCACACGUUCGAGGUCAACAUGCCAAAUCAGUCUCCUCAAACUCAACGACACGAGGGAACUCUGCAAAAUCAGAGCACUCAGCAAACUGAAAGCAGUCUUGAUCCUCCAUCACAUCAGGGAAAUCAGCAUCCGCAAUCACCCCAGGCAAAUGAUACCAUUGCUGCUGUGGAUAUUUAG